CAGCUCUGCUGCUAGAGUCGCCUGGGUUCAGCCCUGCAGUUUCACAUCAUGAAUCUGGUGUAAGCUUCACAGACAUACUUGCUCUCAGACAAAACUGCACCAUUUAUAGAUUACAGGUCAGGUUUAGAACCUCACACAAAGGGGUUGGUGAGUUAAAGUUUGGUUUAUCACCGAGGGGAAGAGGAUUCUGUAGUAUGAAAUUGUUUUUCUCUUCUCCUGGCUGUGCUUUGUGCUGGUAGGAGCCGGCAGCCUCCCUGCCAAGGCAAGCCUGGCUGGCUCAAGGACUAAAAGCAGCAAACUUGUAAAGCCAAACCCAAACGGAAAGACGCUGCGUGUAAAACAGAGGCGCCUCACGGGGCGGUGUAGCAGGAGCUUUGCCGUGUGUGGAGGUAAAACGCUUUCAGCCGUUCUCUAAGCGGUGGGAACGCAGCCCCUUUGCAGACGCGAACGCCCGAGAGUCGCAGGGCACUGAGGUCUGGAAGCGAAGGGGUCGGGGCGGAGGACCCGGAAGCACUUCCCCGAGCCUCAGCUCUUCCGGGUCGGGUCCCGGCGGUUCCGUUUCCCGGCCGGGCCGAUGGGGCUGGCGGUGCUGGUGUGGUGCUGGGUGCUGGUUAGCGGCCAGGCCCUGCGGGCGUUUGGAGAGGAUGGAAGCAUGGUGCAGCUGCCUGGGGGGAAGUUUCAGAUGGGAUCCAGUUCCUUGGAGAAGAGGAAUGAGGAAGGGCGUUUCAGGGAGGUGACAGUGAAGCCCUUUGCUCUCGACAAAUACCCUGUCACAAACAGGGAGUUCAGGGAGUUUGUUAGGCAAAAGAAGUACAAAACAGAAGCAGAAGCGUUUGGCUGGAGCUUUGUCUUUGAGGAUUUCGUCUCGGAAGAACUGAAAAAAAAAGUCACCCAAAAACUGGAGUCUGCUCCUUGGUGGCUGCCCAUCGAGAAGGCUUUUUGGCGACAGCCCUCAGGCCCUGGCUCCAGCAUAAAAGACAGGCUGGAUUACCCAGUGCUGCACGUCAGCUGGAAUGAUGCACGGGCCUUCUGUGCCUGGAAAGGGAAGAGGCUCCCAGCAGAGGAGGAGUGGGAAUUUGCUGCCAGGGGAGGACUGGAGCAAAGGAUGUAUCCCUGGGGAAACAAGUUCCAGCUGAACCGUACAAAUCUGUGGCAGGGUGCUUUCCCCCAGGCAGACACAGCUGAGGACGGUUAUCACGGCGUCUCGCCUGUGGCAGCGUUCCCUCCUCAGAACAACUACGGGCUCUACGACCUGCUGGGAAACACCUGGGAGUGGACAGCAUCAGAGUACCUGGCUGCAGGGCUCUCCUCGAGGCAGCGUGCUCAGAACAUGAGGGUCCUGAGAGGGGCCUCGUGGAUUGACACUGCUGAUGGGUCUGCAAAUCAUAAAGCUCGUGUGACCACCAGAAUGGGGAACACACCAGAUUCAGCCUCUGACAACCUCAGCUUCCGCUGUGCUACUGAUGUCCCUCCAGUCAGGGCCAAGAAAAGCUGGACCAAACCCGAGCUUUGAGGAGAUCACUCAGGAAGACCUGAAGGUAUUUUCUCCUGUGGAGAUGACCAGCACCCCACAGCAGUCACUGUUAUUAAACCAGCACCCCACAGCAGUCACUGUUAUUAAACCCAGACAGUUCUCAAAAUCAAAA